AUGAACAUAAGUUAUGAACGAUGUUCGUAUUGUAACCGACGUAAAUGGCUCACUAGUGGAUGUCUACGUAAAUGGAUUAAACCAAAUUCUAUGGAAUGUAAACAUUUACAACGCAGUAUUGAUAAGAAUAAGGAUACGAAUAUUGAUAUAGUGGAUGCUAUUCUUAUGCCAGAACCCAAUUCAUCUCUAAAUACCAAUAAAUUUGUAAAACUUUGGAAGAGUAAAUUUUUUAUAACGACCAGCGUCAGAUCCUUACAAAGAUAUUUCGGUAAAUCACGAGGGGCUGAUUCAAUUUGCAAACUUAAUAAGAGCAAUGACCCCACAUCAGCAUUUGAAACAAGAUAUGGAAUAGGAAUUGAGAUAAAACACACCCUUAGACCAAUAAUGAAGUGUCAGCAUUCAAAAGAAGGACAUUCUGUUCUACGCAGUCACCAUCAACAUGCAUCCCUUGAAUCAUGUGCUAUUUAUUGUCAGUUAUAUAAUCAUGGCUGGUAUUGGGGUGGAAUUACGUCCAGUGAAGCAGAAGAGUUGCUUGCUGGCCAACAUGACAACGUUUUUUUAGUCCGAGACUCGUAUGACUCCAGACACAUUCUCUGCGUUUCUUUUCGUUGUGUUGGCCGUACACUGCAUGCACGUCUUUUACAUGCAAAUGGCCUUUUUUCUCUAGAUAAUGAAACAUUUGUGCCAGCAUAUAGAUUAUCUGAACAUUGUUCUGCUGUUAAUGUAAAGACAAAUUUAUUUGAAAUGCCAGUGAAACUAGCUAGGCCUCUAAACAGGUUUGCAAAACUAGAUUCCCUACAGAAAAUCUGCAGGUUUGUCAUCAGACAAACAGGAUCAUCAAAUACUUGGGCUAAAUUGCCUUUGCCUCCAAAUCUAAUAUCAUACAUAUCUAUGGGAAGCGAUUACAUAAUACCAUAA